UAAUCAUAUUUCGGGGCUAACCGGAAAUCGGAGGAAUCAUGAUUGGCUACUUUGCGAUUUUGGUGCUGGGAUGUGUUGGAGCAGUUCUGGGAAAUGCACCACCUUAUGUCCAAUCAGCUGAGGCCUUUGUUUACGCCAAGACCUUCGUUUCCGAAAAACUACCAAACCGUAAAAUGGACAUCCAUAAUGUACAAGACAGACCGCAUCUUUCCUUCGCCAAGUUAGCAGGAGUUAUUAGUGGCCUUACUUUACUACUAGACGACCCUACACACUUAUAUAGCCCCUUAGAAAGGAUUGACAAAUUAAUUCCGUAUGUAUGGCAUAAGUAUGACGUCGUGUCUCAACAAACACGAAGCCUUAUUCAUGACGCGACACAAAAGGUUGCUUUGAUAGUCAAUCUCAUAAACUCUAUAUGUGGAUCAGUGAACGUAGAAGAAUGUAACGCAGAAGUCGAGAGGAGGGUAAAAGAUUCACCCUUCACCUACGAACUGCCCGCGAAUCUACUCUUAUCCCUCGGCAAUGUCUCAGUUGUGAUAAGAGACAACGAAGCGACGAUCAACUCAAUCAUUGAAAACGAUAACGAUAUUCCAUACCUGAUACAUAAUGUCGAAACCGAAGAAUUUCUUUCUUUCGUAGGUUUAGUACAACGUAUUAUUAUGAAAUUAAGCGAAUUGGCGUACAGAAGAUUCUUGAGCGAUCACUAGUUAUAAAAAAAACCUUUGAUUUGAAAUAAAAAUAUACAUUCAAUAUAAA